AUGGUCCAUUUCCAGCAAAGUCCAUGCUUGUCUUUCAGGAGGCCCUUGGUGUGUCUGUCUUGGAUGUGGUUUCUCUUGAAUAUGGCCCAGUCUCAAAGGCCAGAGGAGGACAAGCCUAAUAUCCUCCUGAUAAUGGCGGAUGACCUUGGGAUCGGAGACCUAGGCUGCUAUGGAAACGAUACGAUAAGGACCCCGAACAUCGACCGCUUGGCCACUGAGAGUGUGAAGCUAAUGCAGCACAUCGCCGCGUCUUCCGUGUGCACGCCCAGUCGGUCUGCCUUCCUCACGGGCAGGUACAGCAUCCGAUCAGGGAUGGCUUCGACUGACAAUCUAUUUGUCGUUAGGAACCUGGGAGCCUCAUCGGGACUCCCUGUUAACGAAACAACUUUUGCAUCCUUGGUCAAGGAGCAAGGAUACAGCACGGCCAUCAUCGGAAAGUGGCACCAGGGAUUAAACUGCCAGUCCCGCACCGACCACUGCCACCAUCCGCACAACUACGGGUUUGAUUACUUCUACGGCAUGCCGUUCUCUAUGGAUUUGUCAUGCUGGCCGGACCCCUCCAGGGAUGUGGAGUUAGCCCUCGGGAGCUACCUGUGGUUCUGCGUGCAGCUUCUGACCGCCGGUGUGGUCGCCUGCACUGUAGGGAAGCUGGCGCGCUUGAUAAGUGUCCCCUGGUCCCUCAUCCUCUUUGCGGGCAUGUUCGUUUAUCUCCUGGGCUACUUUUGGUUCCAAAGUUUGGAGGCACGGUCCGCCCUGUACAGGGACUGCAUCCUCAUGCGGCAGCAAAUGAUCUCUGAGCAGCCACUGAAGGCACAGCGGGCAGGGACCAUCAUGGUGGACGAGGCCAUUUCAUUUUUAGAAAGGCACCGGCAGCAGCCUUUCCUCCUGUUCUUCUCCUUCCUGCACGUCCACAUGCCUCUUCCCACGACCACAGAUUUCCUGGGGACCAGCAGGCACGGCUUGUACGGAGAUAACGUGCAGGAGAUGGACUUCUUCGUGGGCAAGCUUCUUGCAGCCAUUGACGAUUUGGGGCUGAGGAACCGGACCGUUGUCUACUUUGCAUCAGACCACGGAGGGCACCUGGAGGCCAGGCUGGGCAAGAUGCAGCUUGGCGGGUGGAAUGGCAUAUUCAAAGGUGGGAAGUGCAUGGGCGGCUGGGAAGGCGGCAUCCGUGUCCCUGGCCUCUUCCGAUGGCCCGGAAAAUUGCAGGCUGGGAAAGUCAUCCAUGAGCCUACCAGCUUGAUGGAUAUCUUCCCGACGAUAGCAGCUUUGACCGGAGGGACGGUCCCUCAGGACAGGGUGAUUGAUGGCCGAAACCUCAUGCCCUUGCUUCGGGGUGAGGUCGUGCAUUCGGAGCAUGAGUUCCUGUUUCACUACUGUGACGCGUACCUCCACGCCGUCCGCUGGCACCCCGUGGACAGUGAGGCCGUGUGGAAGGUUCAUUAUGUGACCCCCGUGUUCCAGCCGCCGGGAGCCCAGGCCUGCUAUGAGACCUACUUUUGUGAAUGCGUAGGGAAAAAUGUCACCUACCAUGACCCGCCACUGCUCUUUGAUCUGUCCCGGGACCCCUCCGAGUCCACCCCGCUGACCAACGCCACGGAGCCCCUCUAUGAUCUGGUGAUCGCGACGGCCUCCGAGGCCGUCAAAGAACACAGAAAAACUAUCAUCCCCGUGGAAUUACAGCUUAAUUACGAGCGGAACCAUGACCAUGUGUGGCUGAGGCCCUGCUGCGGGGUGUUCCCUUUCUGUUUGUGUGACAACGAGGACACAUGGUCAUCCAAGAAACAACAGGUUGAGAGCAGGCCUUCAAAGGACGCCAACACAGGCACUUUUGAAUAG